AUUUUUCAAUAAAAUUGAAACAGCAUCAGGCGCGAUUAAAAACAAAGCUUCUUAAUAUUUGUUUUCUGAUUAGUGAACAAUGAAUUUGCUGCCAAGAACGCGGGAAGAGUUUGGCCAAGCGGACUACUGGAAUGAGUUCUUCAAGAAACGCGGCGAAAAGGCUUUCGAAUGGUAUGGCGAAUACUUGGAGCUAUGCGAUCAGAUACACAAGUAUAUAAAGCCCGCCGAAAAAAUCCUGAUGCUUGGUUGCGGUAAUUCAAAGCUCAGCAUGGACAUGUAUGACAAGGGAUUCAGGGAUAUUACAAACAUUGACAUCUCAUCGGUUGCUGUCAAGAAAAUGAUUGAAAUCAACGCGCGUACACGUCCCGAUAUGAAGUUCAUUCAGAUGGAUGCGACGGCGAUGUCCUUUCAGGAUGAGAGUUUCUCAGUGGCCUUGGACAAGGGCACACUGGACGCGAUAUUUGUGAAUGACGACGAGGACACUAAGGCAACUGUCGAACUAUAUUUCACGGAAAUAUUGCGCACAAUGCGCAACGGUGGUCGCUAUGUAGGCAUAUCCAUGUUGCAGGAGCACAUUAUUAACUAUUUGCUGGAAUUUCUGCCGCGCCACAACUGCAUGUUGCGCAUUGUGCACUGCCUGGAUGUGGAGCGUGCGAACAAGGAACGAAGCGAGGAUGCCCUAACACUGCCUGUAUUUGUCAUAAUUGCCACCAAGUUCAAGAACUUGCCCAUGCCGAUUUUUGAAUUUGGAGUGGGCAACGAUAAAAUGCAACGUUUUAGCUGCGCAACGGAACUCGUUAAUGCUGUGGCAUCGGUGCAGAAAGCGGCGCUGGUCUGCAAUGGAUUGGCUCGCUCCAGCAUUGUGGGCCACAAUGAGGUCACAAUGGACUUGCAUCGGGCCGCAGAGCCAACACCUCGCUACACAGUGCAUAUUCUGGAUCAACCGGCAGCACGCGGUCUUGGCAAAUAUGCGGCAUUUAUUGUCCCCCAGGGAAGAGAGAUUGAGUGGCUCUUUGCGACCCCGGCGGGUCGCAGAAAACUCCAGGCAUCGGCCAAGUAUCAGCGAUUGGCUGUUGUCACAUUGCAUCGCGAUCAGGUUUAUAGCACACUGGACGAGGUGAAAAGUGAGCUGGGCUACAGUAUCACGAACCUGGCACCGGCAGGCCUCAAGGAGAAGAUACCUUAUCUAUCGCUUGGUUCCGAAGUGGGCAAGCGAGAGACGCUGAUUUCUGGUUGCUCCCAAAUAUCUGGCGAUUUUCGUAUUGAAGAAGUAGAAAUCGCUGAUAAAACACUACGCCGUCUGAUAUUCCUCAGCAAUCAGUUUGUGGUGCAGUCGGAGGCGCUGGUCAAAACAGUUAAAAUCAAGGCCAAAAAGGAUCGGAAAAAGAUUGAUUUUGGAUACUUGGCGUGUCAACAUCAUCGCUUCAUGUCCGUGGGCGUCCAGUUGGCGGCAACGAUGCAGAGUCUGAAAAAGGAUGUGUACAACGAUGUGCUGGUGAUUGGACUCGGUGGCGGUGGCCUGUGUAGUUUCCUGCAUGCCGCAUUUCCUCAGGCUCGAGUAACGGCCGUAGAAAUAGAUCCCAUAAUGCUGGAAGUUGCUGAACAAUAUUUUGACCUGAAACAGGACGAUCGCUUGCAUGUUGUUAUCGACGAUGGCCUCGCUUUUGUCGAGCGUUGCCGCAAUGAAGAUAUACAGUUUGGCGCUGUGCUUUUCGAUGUUGACAGCAAAGAUCUUACGCUCGGCAUGAGCUGUCCACCCCGCAGUUUUCUGGCCAAUAACAUAUUGCUGCACAUCAAGGAGAUCAUUGGACCCAAGGGUCUGUUCAUGUUAAAUCUGGUGUGUCGUGAUGAAACUUUGCGUGCGGAGGCUAUAAACAAUUUGCAACAAGUGUUUUCAUCGGUGUGUAGCUAUAAAUUGGACGAGGACAUAAAUGAGGUUGUCUACUGUACCAAUGCUGAGUACAAAACAGUGGAACAAUGGAAGAAACAGUUGGGCACGGCUGGACGUUGCAUGAACAGUGCUGUCAGGGAUCAGAAAUUGGCCAACAAGGAUUCGGUUGAUGUUGCGGAUUUUUUGAGCGAAUUGAAAAUAUAAAUCAGUUUGUAAAUUUGCUUUUAAAUAAAUGUUAUUUGCUUUUAUCUUAAAUAAAAGUUAAAUUAAUUACUA